UGGUGGAAAAUAUCAAAAAUGUUUCAAAUUCCUAUGCAGAAUCUUGACAGCAUCAGGAAGGUGCGGAAGAGGGUGAAAGGCAUCUUGGUGGAUAUUGGACUUGACAGCUGCAAGGAGCUGCUGAAGGAUCUUAAAGGCUUUGAACCAGGAGAGAAGUACUUUUAUAAUACAUCAUGGAGCGAUGUCUCCCUUUGGGAACCUUCUGGAAAGAAACCGAGAUACCGAACGAAGCCAUACUGCUGUACUCUCUGUAGGUACUCAACGAAGGUGCUCGCUUCCCUAAAACCGGAUCUGGAUCGUUACCAUGAAGAAGAGGCUAACCAGGAGCUGAUGAUCCCCUGCCCCAACUGCCCGUUUUCUUCUCAGCCCAGGGUAGUGGGCAAGCACUUCAGGAUGUUUCAUGCGCCUGCGCGGAAAGUCCAGAACUACACGGUGAACAUUCUGGGUGUAGUGAAGACAUUAAGGAGUGAUGUGAUAAGCUUCACAUGUUUAAAAUGUAACUUUUCCAACACCUUGUACUACAAUAUGAAGAAGCAUGUGCUGGUGGCCCAUUUUCAUUACUUAAUCAACUCCUACUUUGGUUUUCGAACCGAAGAAACAGAGCAACCAAAAGCAAGUGACCCUGCUUCUGUGGAUAAAAUCCUGUCAUUUGACAAAUACUACUGUAAAAAAUGCAACGCUAUUGCCAGCAGUCAGGAUGCCCUGAUGUAUCACAUUUUGACAUCAGAUGUACACAGGGACUUGGAGAACAAGCUGCUGUCUGUGAUCUCAGGACACAUCAAGAGGACUGGGUUUCUGAAGCAAAUGCAUAUUGCUCCAAAACCAGUGAACCACUUGGCCUUACAGCCAAAUAGCAGUGCUUCGAGCAUUGCAGCCCCUCUGUCUUGCUUCCACCUUACUUUGCCACCAAACAGUCAACGUCCUGGCACUGUGCAGCCAGUGACUGUGGCCCCAGGCACUUCUGGAAGCCUUACACACCCACUACCCACCACUGCCCAGUCUCAUGUAGCUCUGGUCUCCAGCCCUUUGCCUGUAUGCCAGAAUAGCCUCACCCUGAAACAGUCAGCUCCCCCUCCUAUCUUUAUCUCUCACAGUGUUCCACUUAAUCAGCCUUGGAGUACUUCUGUGCUGCCUGUGAAUAAGUCUGUUAGAGCAAGCAUCCUUCCCAUGAAUCAAGCUGUACACCCUGGAGUUUUACCCCUCACUCAGCCCAUGGAGUCUAUAAGUAGACCUGUGGGACCCAUAAACAGACCUGUUGGACCUGGUGUCUUACCGGUGAGUCCCUCUGUCAACUCAGGGGCUCUGCAGUCUGCUUAUCCAGUGGGGAUUUCUGUAGGUCGGGCGGUUCCCUCAGGAGUCCUUCCUGCCGGCCAGGUGGCCCCUGCUGGAGUGAUCCCUGGGCAGACAGCCACUUCUGGUGUCCUUCCCACUGGCCAAGUGGUCCAGUCAUCAGUUCUCCCUGUUGGCCAGACACCAUCUCGAGUUCUCCCUCCUGGCCAGACAGUGCUCAGGGUUCUCCCUGCAGGCCAGGUGGUAUCACCCGGGCUGCUUUCAUCAAACCAGACUGUCCCCUCAGCUGUUGUCCCUGUGAAUCAGGGUGUAAACUCUGAUGUUCUUCAGCUCAGUCAGCCAGUAACACCAGGAGUCCUUCCUGUGGGCCCACUGAGGCCUGGUGUCCGGCAGCUCAGUCCUUCUGUCAGCACUAACAUCUUGCCUGUGAGCCAGCCAGUGAGAGCUGGAACCUCACAAAACACAACUUUCCUCACUUCAGGCUCUAUUCUCAGACAGCUCAUUCUGACUGGGAAGCAGGUGAAUGGAAUUCCCACCUACACACUGGCCCCAGUGUCUGUCACUCUGCCUAUGUCCCCUGGUGGAGGCCUUGCAACUGUCGCACCACCACCCCAGGUGCCAAUGCAGUUCUUGCCCUCAAGCUCGGGCACACAGAUGGCUAGCUCCCUGCCCAGACUGCCCUCCCCACAGGUGCUAGUGAGCCUUGCCCCUAGUGUGUUUGUUCAGGCUACCUCACCUGUAGCAGAUGAAAAUCAGGCUCAGGCCAAGCAGUGGAAAACAUGCCUGGUUUGCAAUGAGCUUUUCCCUUCCAAUGUCUACCAGGUGCACAUGGAAAUGGCUCACAAUCAGAGUGAGUCCAAGUCUGGUGAAAAACUUGAACCUGAAAAGCUUGCUGCAUGUGCUCCGUUUCUGAAGUGAAUGAGGGAGAAGACGGUGCGCUGCCUCUCCUGUAAGUGCCUGGUCUCGCAGGAGGAGCUGAUGCACCAUUUGCUCAUGCAUGGCUUGGGAUGCCUGUUUUGUCUGUGCACUUUCCGUGAUGCCCGGGGCCUUGUGGAGCACAGCAAGACUAAGCACCUGGGCAAGAAGAGACUGUCUUUGGAUUAUAGUAACAGAGGUUUCCAGCUGGACCUGGAUGCCAAUGGGAACUUGCUCUUCCCCCAUCUUGAUUUCAUCACCAUACUGCCACGAGAAAAGCUUGUAGAGCGAGAGGUGUACCUGGCUAUCCUUGCUGGAAUACACUCCAAGUCACUGGUACCUGUGUAUGUUAAGGUGAGGCCUCAGCCCGAGGUUUCACCAAAGUUGCCUAGCAAACAGAAGCUAACCUGCCCCCUUUUUGGCACAUUUGUGACUGCUGAUGCCUAUGAGCUCCAUCUGAAGGAGAGGCACCAUGUCAUGCCCACAGUCCAUACAAUGCUCAGGUCUCCAGCCUUUAAGUGCAUCCACUGCUAUGGGGUCUACACUGGAAAUAUGACCUUAGGAGCCAUUGCUGUCCAUUUGCUCCAUUGUAGAAGUGCUCCCAAGGACAGCAGCUCAGACCUGCAGGGCCAGCCAGGUUUUAUUGAGAGCAGUGAACUGCUGUUGGUUAAUGGGGAAGUGAUCCCUGACUCCACCUUUGCUGUAAAGAGAAAGCUGCCAGAAGGGCACCUGGGGGCGGAAGACCAGAGGGAUGGGGACAAGCCCCAGCUCACUCCAGACACCGAUGCAGUCCCAGGUCCAGAGAGAGGACUGAGUGCUGUGCCUUUGAAGAGACAGAAGAAUGAGAGCAGGACAGAGGGGUCAGGGGUCAGUGAUGACUCUCUGCAGGUGUUAGCAUUGGAUCCUACCAAGUAUGGAGGCCGCUCCUAUGAGGACAAAAAACAGUUUCUUAGAGAUUAUUUCCACAAGAGGCCGUAUCCGAGUAGAAAAGAAGUGGAACUAUUGACUUCACUCUUAUGGGUGUGGAAAAUCGACAUGGCUUCGUUUUUUGGGAAAAGAAGGUAUAUUUGCAUGAAAGCAAUAAAAACUCAUAAGCCCUCUGUACUUCUAGGUUUUGAUAUGUCUGAACUAAAAAAUGUCAAACAUAGUCUGAACUUCGAGUGUGAAUCACAGGAUCUGUAGAAGACUAGGUCUGAAGUUUGGCUGACUUUG